UGAAUUGUGUUGUGUUUAUAGCUCUUCAAUGAAAAUUUCUAUUGAUUUGGUUAUGUAACAUGUUUUGAUGGUUUGAAUGUCUCUAUUCUUACAGAAAUUGUUUCCAAUUGCUAGUUAAAUUUUGCUUUGUUCUGAAUUUUGAUGGAGAUAUUAGUUGCUUAGUUAGUAUUAUUAAAUUUAACUUGCAAGAAAGAUAUAGAGAUCAUAGAUGCUCUUAGCAAGUUGCUUGACUUUAAGACUUGUAUAUAGAGAUUCCAAUAAUUGACUUGAAGCUUUAACUCCCUCUUAAUUAACUACCAACCGUCUCUGCUUUAUUGUGAGAAUCGUGGUAGCAAUGAUAACACACAUACAUGGAUCUCUUUUAGCUGCCCCUGUUUGGCCAUUGAAAAAGCAUUUGCCAAACGCCACUUAACAUGGUACUUUAUUGUUUAUUCAUUUCGUAUUAUUCAUCUAUUUUUAGCAAAUUACAGCGGCAUAUUGCAAAGUGGGUCUGCUAUGUUCACACAUAAUGCUCUAUCGGAUUAUAUCCCAAUUAUCCUUUAUCCUGAUGUCUCAAAUUAUUUCAACUACAUCAUGAGUUUCUCUAAACAUGAUAAGACGAGAGAAUUGGUGACUGGGGAUUUGAUCUAUGUCUUAUCAUUAUAAGUGUUUCAAAACUAGCUUUAAAAAAAAAAGGCAGUUUAUUUUGUCAUUAAGAUUUGUUAGAAUGGACUACUCCAUUUCGAGAGAAGUUAUUUUGUAUUCUUGAGACAAUAUCCUAUACUUUUUAAGAAUAAUAUGAUUACAUAAGUACAUUAUGUGUCUAAAUAAAAGAAUUUACACAAUCAUGUGAAUUUUGAAGAAAAAAUGUAUGGCUUAGAUUUAACACUUAAAGUAAGCAAAUCAAAUUUAAAAUGUGUUUAAAUUUAAAGUAAGCAAAUCAAAUUUAAACACAUUUUAAACUCAUUGAAUUGUCCAUACAUUUACAACAUGGGAUUAUAUGCUAUGAUCAAUUGGGAUCACCCAUUGCAUUACAGUUUCCUGUGCCAUCAUGGCAAUCAGUCUUUUCUUCCUCAUUGUCAACUUGUCUUUGUUAUUCAACUCUUUUUGCUCCUAUUGGAGAUGAACGGAAGCAAGUUCUCUACAGGAUUCAUUACACCUGUGGACAUAUCCAAUGCUGUGUAAACAUUACUACUUUGUGCUACAAUUGUGAUUCCUUCAAGGAAGGAGUUGCACAAUACAUGAAAACUAAAUGGAGGGUGGUUGCAAUCUUUAAUGUGGUUCUGUUUGUUGUUUUGGUGAGAAACUCCUCUCCAUCUAGUUUGGAACAAAUCAAAUUAUUUUUUUCUCAUUAGCGAAUGAGGAACAACAGAUAAUAUGGCAUAUGAAUUGCAUUUUAUAUCUUCUAUUGUUGAAAUUGACAAAUUGGGAUCUUCUCUCUUGGUUGCUCUUUGUUUUCCAUUUUCCCUAAUCUCUGAUUUUUUCCAAUGGAGGGAAUGCAUAAUUUAACGUAGUCUUUCACAAGUCCCUUUUAUUUCUUCCAGCACUUUCUGAUCGACAAUAGGUAAAGCAAUCUGUUGAGCUAGUGAAGUGCCGGAUAAGUGAUUUUAAGAGGACGCUUUUUUAAACAUGGGAGAUGAGAAUGCGAGGUUGACAGUAUAUGGCGGGGGAGCUUCUGAGUUACGAAUCGAACAUAAGCUUAUUACCAUUCAGAUGGAUGUUGAAUUCAGAGGAGGUUCAGUGGUGAUCAUUGAGAGGAAUCGACUCAGGAGUUACACUAUGAAGAUAGAUUUGGGGGGUGUCUCUUGGGCCAUACAAGCUUUGCGACAGGUUUGGGGUCAGUGCAGUGAUAAACCUUUUUUCUCCAAAUACACGAGUAGUUUAGCAGUUUUUUGGAUCCAGAAAGUUUGUAACAAGAAUGGUGUCUUUGCUGAGAUAUCAAAAUGGGAGGCUGGGGUAAAUCGAAAUAACAUUAUCAUUCCAGCAGGGGUUGAUGGUCACGGGUGGGAGGCAAUGGCUGAGAUGCUGGAACGAGUUAUCUAUGGAGAUUCUAGGGCUACGACUGAUGAAAAGGAGAUAAGGACUAUUGACAAAGGAGGCUAUUAUAGAAGUAAUCAUGCUGUAUUUAGUACUUACAGAAGAAACACAAAUGGGAAUAGAGCAGUUUUUUGGAUCCAGAAAGUUUGUAACAAGAAUGGUGUCUUUGCUGAGAUGGGUUGA